CAUUCAUAGAUCCUAAGAAGAUAUAUCUCUCAGAAAUCUUUGAUUAGAUCAGAUUAUCAUAACUGCGUGCGCUCUGUUAUUAUAUCGAAGCGUGUGCUCCAGAAUAAAGUAUAAAGUCUCUUAUCUAUUUAUCUACGAUCGAGAUCGUUAAAUAGUGAAAAGUGUGAGGGAGGAGAGAGAGAGAGAGAGAGAAGCGAAACGGCGCGUGGAAAAAGGGCGUAAUCCGGCGGAUCAGCAACGGGUCGAUCUUCCGGGAUGAUCGAUAGAUCAGAUUAAUUAUGUUUCACGCCACAUUAUACAGCCCAUCGCGUUCUAUAUCAUGCAUUUUGCAUUUCAAUCAUGACACGCGAUCUCGAUCCUACAAGUACCGUCAGAUACACCGAGGCACAUCCUGCUUCCUCAGAAAAAUCCCCGCCUGCAAUUACGCUUUCCUCGGAAUCACGCCGUAAAAUCUUCAAUUCCGCGAGUUUCACGAGUUCAUAUCUCUAUUGUUUUCUGCUUUUCUUGUUUCUUUUUUUUAAUUUUGAGCGUAAAAGGCCGAUCCUAAUCGCGAGAUCUUAUUUUCAUCGGUGCACCGAGGAAAAUGCGAAGAUAGCAAUUCGUUCGAAAGUUAAUGGUCAUCUUAAUGAUCUGAAACUUUUCAAUUAAUUGCAAUAAAAAACAUUUUUCUUUCUUUCCUAUAAUUAUCUCAGUAAAUUUUACUGUAAGCUUUUCCAUCAGUAUCAUAGGAUAACUCUGUAAUAUUUUUGCAACAUUUUUUUACUAAAGAAAACAAUUUUUAAAUAUCGAAAGAUUUAUAAGGAAAUGAUUUUUCUCGUAUCAUCCAAAUGUAGUUUUUUGCUAUUAAUUAUACGACAUGUUUUUAUAGUUCAAUUUUGUAAAUUUGUUUUUAUAACUUAAAAGAUUCAAUGAUAUCUGUUAAAAUUGACUGAUUUUUUAAAAUGUAAAACCGCGUUUUCUCGCGCAUUAAUUUCUCCUCUCAAGUUUAGAUAAAAUGCAUUUGAUCUUCGUAAGAUCGAUUUCGCCAUCCUUGCCGAGGAUCUUAAGCAGGUGCAUCUUGCAGAAGCAAUAGAAGCGACUGUACGGGAGUUUAUCCCACUACUUUGAAGAGAACCGAAUUCACUUCGUCUGGUGGAGGCAACUUUCAACAAAGUACGCUAUAUAAGAGAGUGACAUGUCGGCGAGAAAAUGAAGCACGCGCGUAUUGUUGGUCUCUCACGGUGUUUUGACGCUCGUUGUUUCUCGCUAUCUUUGCUGUCGCACUGACAGGAUGAUCUGGGUGUUUCUGGGAUUACUGGGCUCCGCCAUCGCAGCGCAGAGUUCUUACGAUCUGGAAACUAGGGCAGUUUCAUUCCCCGGGAAGCCAAGUAGCUUAGGACCGCUUUACUCAUCCAGCUUAAACUCGGCCCAAGGAUUCCGUGAUAACAGUUACGAGGACAAUGCGGUAACACCCACACCUUCGCCGACGCCGAUCUACAGGAAUCAACAACCGUUAUAUCGCAAGCCGACGGCAACGCCGAUAGACGCUCGCGAUUAUCCUCAAUCGACGGCUAUCCGCAUCGGUUCUCCGUCGCGAGCUCCCGCUCGAGGCCAGUACGGACCCAACGGGCCUACGCAAGAGGAACUCGAGGAGGAGAAGGAGGAGCCCGAUCGUCUCAGUCUUCUUCUACCCCAGAGCAGAUUCGAUUGCGUCAACAAGCAAACCGGCUACUAUGCUGACGAGGAUCUCAACUGCGAGGUCUUCCAUUAUUGCCAAGACAACGCCAAGCACUCUUGGAUCUGUCCUGAGGGUUUCACCUUCCACCAAGUGCAUUUAAUCUGCAUGCCACCCAGCGGCGACAUCAGUUGUAAGAAGAGUUCGCAAUAUCAUUUUGUCAAUGAGUAUCUAUACAAGCCGCUGAAUCUCCAAGAGGCCGAAAGCAAGCCCAAUGUUACCCUGAGGUACAGCGAAAGGUAUUACCCCUCUGAUAUUUACACGGAUCAAAGAGAGGUCGGUGACUAUCAGAUCACUCCUACGGCUGCUCCCACGCGUCGUCCUGCCCCACAGGUCCUUGUAAGUCCGCAGUCUCAAAGUUUGAACAGCAUUCCUACAUCGGUUCGUCCACAGCCCACAGGAGUGCCGCAGUUUCGUCUCCCGGUGAACCAGGUAUUCCACAGCCCCGAAGAAGUCAACAUCCCCCUUCAGCAUAGGCGACCGCAGCCGCAACAGCAGCAGCAUCAAGUUCUCAGACGAUAUCCUCAAAUUCAAUCCGACGAGGAGGACUACGAAUAGAUUCUUAUUGUUAGAAAUCUUUAGCUCUCUAUGAAUUCAACUCAUUCAUUCGAAUUUUUAGAUUCUUCACGAUUCUCUCAUUAAUCACCAACGAUAUUCGAAACACAUCUCUCGAAUCAUCUGAUAUUUUUUUCAAUUCCUUUCGCGCGAAAUCGACUAAAGAUCACGAAAUUCAAGAUACUAUAGAAUUUUUGAAUUAUUGGGCGGCGUUCAGCGGAGAAAACCGCUCAGUAGCAAUCGAACGCGAUUGGCUCUUACUUUUGAAACCAACAAAUCAACAUCGAGUGUUGACAAGACGAUAACUGAGCGACAUGCGCCAUGCGCUGCCGCGUCCUGCGUGCAGGAGCCAUUAGGGCGCGAUUUCACUUAACGUUUGUCGACGUUGUCGGAUGCGGUGAUUGGCUAUCAGA